UUGAAUGUUAUGUCAAAUAAAACAGUAAGUUUUGCCUUUUCUUUUUUGAGAAAAGGAAUGCGAAAGAACUUAAGUACAAUGUCAGAUUCUUAUCCAACUAAUUUAGCCGGAUUUGGUUAUGGAUUUAAUGAAGAUGGAGAAUUAAAGCAAUUAGACAAAGAAAGUGGUAAGCUUACCGAUAAAGGAUUUGAAUUCGUGGAUCAAGAUCAUUAUGAGGCGUUAGGAGAAGUAAUUACCGAGCAUGUUUACAAUUUACUUGAAGAAAACGGUAUGCAUAAAGUGUUUAUAAAUGACGAUGUUCCUAAAGAGCAAUCUCCAUUUAUUUUUAUGAGUAAAAAGGAGCUUGAUCAUCCCAAAAAAUUACUUGUUUUAAUUCAUGGUAGUGGUGUGGUAAGGGCUGGGCAAUGGGCUCGAAGUCUCAUAAUAAAUCAAUCAUUGUCUCAUGGAACUCAAAUACCUUAUCUGGAAAAGGCACGUGAAUUGAAUUAUGAUGUUCUUAUCGCAAAUACAAAUGACAAUUACCGAUCUAUUAACGGGGUGGAAAGACAAAUCAAAGGUCAUGGAUCGCCAGAAGAACAUGGAUAUUCAAUUUGGGAGAAGUAUGUAAUAGCAUCCAAUCCUGAAUCUGUGGGAAUUGUAGCGCAUAGCUAUGGUGGCGUAGUUACAUUACGUUUAGCAAAAAAGUAUCCAAAAUUCUUUAAAGAAAAAGUGUUCGCCGUUGGUUUAACUGAUUCCGUACACUCACGCACGUCAUCACAGGAUCCUGACGUUUUCGCUCAUUUGAAAAAAAUUGGCCGAAACUGGGUAACUUCAAAUAAACCAUUAAACCAGUGUAUUUCAGAAUCUAGUAAUGAUAUUCCACAAUAUUCGGCUGGACAUGUGAAACAUGAAUGGACUUCGUAUUCUUGUAUAACAGCUUUAUUUGAUUUCUUCGAAGAAAAAUAUAAUGAAUUCCUUACAAAAAAGUAGUAAUAACUUUUCUAUACGGCUUAUACACAUGUAAAAUACAAAGAAAAUAUGAUAAAUAAAGUUGUUAUUAUAUAAUCUUAA